AUGCUACCAGUACCUCAAGAUCGUUUAUCUGGUCGUCGUAGCAGCUCUAUAGUCAGCAGGACACUCCUCGGUCGACGGGCUUCGGUCUAUGUCACAAGUAAUCAACAGGAUCCCGCUAAGUUAAUAACAGAAAUCAACGUACAACUCGCUCUGUUCCGAGACCUGCUCAUCCACAUCGGGCAGCCACACGACAGUCCAGAGCUAAGGGAGAGGGUUCGUCGUCUGCGCCGUACGUGUGUCGAGGCAACAAAACAAACCAGCCAGCUUGUUUUGCCAACCUGCAAAAAGUCCACAAGCGAAGGCUGCGCAGAUCAGCCUCAAUUGGUGCUACUAUACUUCAUGUCCCAAUUGUUACUUCGGGAGCUCGCCAAGUGCCAUCGUUUAGUGCAACUUGUGCCUAUGGAUAUGACUUCUUAUUAUGAAAACCGCGCUGGACCAUCGAAUUUCGGAAAUGUGAUCAGUCAGAUCUUACUCUGCAAGCAGAUCACGCCCGAUUUUAACCAGGAGGAGCUGUGCAGUAUCGCUAAAGACACGCAGGAGAUCACGAGGAUCGUCAAUGACAUUCAGGAAUAUCUGCCGCAACACGACAAUCUUAACCAUUUAGAAACCAGCGUCGCGCUUAAAGGCGAUGACGUUAACGGCCUCUGGCAGAACAAGCGGCGAGGAUCGCUCUACAAGGGCAUGGGCGUGCUCUGUUGUAUUUCGCGGCCUAACUACCUCUGA